AUGGUCGCGACGGCGAGUGAAACACAGGGGCCGACGCCUGCGCCUCUGAAGAAGAGGACCAGAUUGAAUCCUGCGAGGCGGAAGUCUGCGAAGAGUCAAGGGGAGUGUCAAAGUACGACUACUGCUGCUGCUGCUGCUGCUGCUGGAACAGCAAUGGAGAAGUCUAGCCAGGCUCAAGAUCGGGCGAAAGCGAGCAAGAAUGAAGCUACGAAUGCCCAACCUGUCUCAGAGCAAAGUUCGACCACGGCCGGUCAACAGAAAGCCGGUAGUGCGUCUUCGAAGAAAGACACAACUGCCUUGGCCAAGCAGACCGACCCCAAGAACCCCAAUGGCACCUCAAAGCCCGGAGUCGCUGGGAAGACGAACAGCACUCCAAAAUCCGGCCCUCUCGCCUUAGCAGCACCAGCAAUGGUGACCGGCGGCCUCGCAGGCUGCGCAGCCGGCGCAGCAGUGAUCCUAGGAGCCGGCCUCUGGAACAAAUUCGCAGGCGCCGACUCCGCCAUCCUCGCAGCACGGACGGCCAAGUUAUGCCUAGACAACCUGAUCGAGGAGAUCAUCACGAGCCUCAAAGCCGGCACAUACAGCGCCCCGGAAGCCCUCGACAUGCUACGACGAACGACCUUGGCCUACGCUAGCACGAUCCCGGGCGGCGCGCCGUUUGUCGAACGCCUGUUCCGCGAGAUCGAUAUGGUGCGGAAGCAGCGUGGUCGCGAGGUCGAUAAGGUCAUUGCGGAGGCGUAUGUCGAUCUCUCCAAGGCUGGGAAGCGCGGCGCUUCGACUGCGGAGUUGCAUGCGAUUGUUAUUCGGAAUCUGGUCAAGUUGUCUUCGUUUGCGGAGAAGGCGACGCAGGAUAUCGUGGCCAGGAAUCCGAAUUUGAGCCCGUUUCGUGAGAGGGCCGUCAGGGCGUUGCAGCCGCCGCCGCCGAAGUCGAAGGUGCCUACUGUCAAGAUCAAUAUGGCUGUGCAGCACAAACCUGCUGCCAAAGCUUGA